UGAAAUUUAGAAAUGGAGGGGCAAUGAAGAUUCUGUAUAGUUCUGAUGUUUUAAGUGGGAAGUAAAGGUCAGAUAUGUAGGAGAGAGCUUUAGAUGAAGAAUUCUGUAUGCUUGGGUUUUUGGAUAGUUGAAAUUUGAUAAGAAUGUGACAAAUUAUGGUGAACAAGUGAUGAUUUACUAAUCGUUUGAGCUAAUAAUUUAAGAGUGUUAGCUUUUAUAUGAAAUCAUUUGUAAAUUGUUAAUAAUAUUUGCUCCCAAGCCCUCUUCCCAACUCAUAUUUAUAGUAUUUUCUUCAAAAACAUUAUUCUCGUUUGAGUGCAAUAUCAAAAGCAGGCUGAAUGAGCACUAAUAACCUAAAAGUGAUUAUCACAUUAUGGUGAAGAUAAGAGGUUAGUGGACGAUUUCCACCUCCUACAAUAAGCUUUUGGAAAGAAUGGUAAAAUAAGGAAUCCUUUGUAAGCUCAAUACUCCAUCGGCUCUGAGAAGUCUCUUAAAAUAUUGCACUCAAGAGAUCGCUUUCCACGUGGCCAAACAAAUUUCGUGAAUUAAUUUUAGGAACGCAUUUUGGAAAAUCACUAUCCAAAAUCUGUCACUUAUCAGCAGAUAAUUUCUUCGCGUUGAUAAUAAGAAAUUAUUGUAAUUUAACAAAUCUGGAUAAAAGCGCAAAAAACCUGACAGUCAAGAAUCAAUAAUAGAGUUUGUGCUAAAAUACUUCCUGGAAAGAUUUUUAGAAUCCUGUAUUUCGGAUCGCUUGGUAGCUUUAAAAACUCAAAAAAUUUUCUAAUAAUAAUUUUAAUUUAAUAUGAUUUUCUGGAAGAACAAUAAAGAUGGUUCUAAUAUCCUUAGAAGGAAGGGUAUUUCCCUGCUUCAUUCUUUAUGAAACUUUGAAGCUAAGUUUCCUACAAAUAAGCCUGAGCAGAGACCUGUGAAGAAGCCCAAUACAAGGAGAAUAGGCAAAAUUUUCCGCUUUGGUGAUCCUUCUGUCAUCCCAAUUACCGAAUCCCCAAAAGACCAUGGCCUAGAUAUCCCUGAAGUUGGGGAAAGCUUAGAAAUUUUGCUUGAGUGGUAUGAGAGGCAUAUCCAUCGUCCAAUUCCUCACAAGGCUCAAAUCGCGAAACUCCACGAACAAACUAACCUAUCCAAGACCAUAAUCAGGGCUUGGCUGGCUAAAGUUAGGAAGUACAAACUAGUCAUCGUCAGAUCAGACGACGGAAAAAGUUAUUUAGGAAGAGAUCCAAGAGUAAAACCUAGGACCUAUAUAAAGUCCAUGAAGUAUUGCAAGGUUAAGAGAUCAAGACAGGAAUCUUGUAAUACCCCAACCAGCGCUUGUGGGGGAAUCUCCAAUGACGAGACUUCACAACUUGAGUCACAACCAAGCGGCCAGAAUGCCAAGACAUAAC